AUGGACAACGCUGAUGAAGAAAUACUAAAGUCAAUGCUCGAGAAGGAACAUCAAUCUGUAAGUUCCUCUAGGCCAAAGAAAAGAACAGUGAUUGAUCUAAGUCGUGAAGAAGGGCACAAUCGUUUAUCCAAUGACUACUUCUCAGAAAAUCCAGUAUACACAGAUAUUCAAUUCCGAAAAAGGUUCAGAAUGCAUAGGCAUGUGUUUCUUCGAAUUGUAGCCGCCCUUGGAGCUCAUGAUGAAUAUUUCCAAAUGAGGAUCGAUGCAACUGGUAAAAUGGGUCUUUCACCAUUGCAGAAAUGCACAUCUACUAUUCGUAUGCUGGCAUAUGGGUCUCCCGCUGACAGUGUAGACGAAUAUGUUCGAAUCGGUGAAAGCACUUCAGUUGAGUGCUUAGAAAGAUUCGUUCGGGGUGUAAAUGUUGUAUUUGGGGCAGAGUAUUUGAGAAAGCCUAACAACACAGAUGUUGAACAUCUUUUACAAAUGGGAGAGUCACGUGGCUUUCCAGGUUCAAACAAUGACAUUAAUGUGCUAAACCAAUCCAAUGUGUUUAACGAUAUUUUGGAAGGACAUGCUCCUACUAUGAACUAUACAAUCAAUGGAACAUCAUAUAAUAUGGGGUAUUAUUUAGCGGAUGGUAUAUAUCCUGAGUGGGCUACAUUUGUCAAGACCAUUUCAAUGCCGCAGGGAGAAAAGAGGAAACUAUUUGCUCAACAUCAUGAAUCAGCUAGAAAGGAUGUGGAACGGGCAUUUGGAGUGCUCCAAUCUCGAUUUGCAAUUAUACGUGGCCCAGCGCGUGCCUGA